GAGAACCUCCUUCAACUACUGCACCUAUGAAGCUGAAUCUUCUCCAGGAAACCUGAACAAUGUCUUCUAAUGAUGUCCAAACUGCUGUCUUGAGCAUCUCCAAAGCAAAAGAUGUGAGACAAGAAACCGCUCUUCUGAUGAAACCCUAUGCUAACUGGGAAGAGUUCCUGAUGCCAGGUCCACUCUCUAUUGCCAUUCUAGGGGAGUUGGUGUUCAUUUCAUCAAAUGAUGAUUUCUCCAUUAACAAGAGUCCACCCAUAGGUGGGUUCAAAUAUAUCCGCUAUCCAGAUUCCUUCCGAGCUUGUCUUAUGCAGGUGUCAAACAACGGAUGGGUGGCUUUUAAUGAAGCUCACAAGAACAUGGACCAAAUCCGACUUCACUCUGGCAAUGUACCCAGUUACAUGAAAAUGGCUGUGAAGACCCUCAUGCAAGGUAAUCCUGACAUAGUGAAAGCACUUCUACCUGGCCAGUUGAAAAACAUAGAUGACAUCGCCACUGAGUGCACUAGACUGGCAAUGACAACAGAAGAGAAAUUCAUGGGUGUCAUUCUGCUCAUUCAGGAGAUGUUAGAAGCCUGCAUGAAUGCAAAGCAGUUUUAUGAGGAAGAUUUGAAAAAUAUCAAAAUGAAGUUAGAAGAAGCUAAAAUAAAGGAAAAGACUGCAAAAUUAGCUGAAGAACUGUCACAGCAGAACCUAGACCGACUGUCCAAACAACUUGACGAGGCUCAAGACCAGUUUAAGACAUCCAUGGACUCAUUGCCUUCAGGCUGGGAUCUCAUUGGGAUGAAUUUUGUGGAAGGCAUUACAGAGUCAGUGAGUAAUCUUGUUACUGGAAUGGUUUCAGUUUUCACCGCACCGCGUUCAGAGGCCAAGGGUGUCAAACCUUCAGUUGAAAAAUCUGGUAAAAAAGGUCACUUAAAUCCCUUGGUUGUUAAUGAUAUUUAUGCCAACUCAAUACAACUGCUACAAUGGGCACAGCAACUGAAUGCUUUUGUGGAAAAUAAUAAAAUUAAAUGGAAGGAAAUAUAUGAUGAGAAAAAUGAAUCUCUAACAUCCAAUUGGGUUAAAACACAAUUUGAACAAAUAGAAAAUAAAUUAAAAGCCAAAGAGAAGUGUAAACCCCAAGAGAAAGCAAUUAAGAUAUGUCAAGAUGGCAUCUCUAUUUGCUGCAAAAUGGCAGAGUACAAACCCCCAAAAGGCUUUACUGAUAAAGAAACUAGCAAAAUAAUUAAAAGAAUUAGAAAUCUAAAAGACCAAGCAGAAAGGUUUGACUCUGAGAGCAAGUCUUUCACUUCUUCUUCUUCCUUUUCUGUAACUCCUCCAAAUAUUGCUCAGCAAACUACUGGACAAAAGAAAAGUGCAGGUCAAACCGCUUGUGACAAUGCUCGAUUCAAAAUUGAGCAAAGCCAAGUCCACCUUAAGCAAACACAGGACAUGUAUGAGAAGAAUAUGGAGAACCUAAAGAAGAACAACCAGGAGCUGGCUGACAUUCUUGUCACCAUGCGCAACUGUAAUGUAAAGGAGAUUGAUUUUAACACCGCAGUGAAGAUGCUGGUAAAGGGUCUUGAUGCCAUGGGGCGAGUGAAGGAGCAGUGGGAGAAAAUGGUUCGCUUUUUCCAAAUGAUCUCAAACUUGAUCAAAGCUUCCCUGAAUAAGCCUUUGAAGCAGUUUGUUGACACAGCUGAUUCAGUCUCAAAAAUCGAAGGCUAUUCCUCGCACUCUUUCAUUAAAGAUAUGAUCUACACUUAUGCUUUCCAGUCAUCCAACAUUGCCAGUCUGGUCCAUAUGAUUGCUGGAACUUACACUGAAGUUUCCAAUCUUUACCUUAUGGAUCGUAUCAGCAGUCUUGGAAAGCUCAUGGCACUGGAUCCCAAAAACCCUCAGUUUGAAUCUGAACGUGCAAAACUGGCAAGUGACUGCGAGUCUGCAAAGGAGGGGAUACUAAAUCUUGUGCUGAAGAAUAAAAAUGAUUUUGAUCGCCUUUUAAAUGCACAAGUCGAGAAAAUUGAAAAUGGGCUGCAGGCUGUGCUGCCACCAAUUGCAGACAUGGAGCGUAAGAGGAUUGAGAGCAAUGUGCAGGCUGGGCUAAAGGAGCUAACCGAGGAGGAAGAGGAUCAGUUCGUCUAGAGGAGACCACAGAAAGUCAUGGAUUGCAUUCUGCUUUGCUUCUGCUAAAUAUAGAUAAAGAACUCACUCCUCAGAAAGCUCACUUUAAAAAAAUAUGCUUUUUCAGGGUUAAUCAUGAUAACCCUUAACAGGUUGUUGAAAGUUAAUCUGUAUUGAAAAGUUGUAAAGAAAUGUUUAAAAUAUAUCAAUAUAUGCUAAGUAACUCCUAAAGCAAUGAAACCAGAUUGUAUGCUAAAAGAUGCAUUUCCUUGACUUUACUGUUUUCUUGUCCACUUUCUAUGAAUUACUUUUUUCUGUACAAGAGUGUAAAAUAAAAAUGUCUUACAACCACGGUGGCUUUGCUGAAUUUGU